AUGGGACUUGUAUUACGCUGGGCCUUUUGGCUCUUUGUGUACCUAGCAAACAGCCAGAGUUCCAGUUUUGCCAUCUCCUCUGGAGGAAGGGACGUCAAAUUCUCUGUCUUUAGCAGAGACCUAACCGGCUCUAACAGUUUGUCCUGCUCCUCCCUGUUUCUCUUCAGGGCAAACCUGGUAGAUCUUCAGAAGAAGCUGGAAGAAUUGGAAUUGGAUGAGCAGCAAAAGAAGAGGCUAGAGGCUUUCCUCACCCAGAAAGCCAAGGUUGGGGAGCUGAAGGAUGACGACUUUGAGAGGAUCUCCGAGCUGGGAGCUGGCAACGGUGGGGUGGUCACCAAAGUACAGCACAAACCCUCAGGACUCAUUAUGGCACGAAAGCUGAUUCAUUUAGAAAUUAAACCCGCCAUUCGUAAUCAAAUUAUCCGAGAGCUGCAGGUCCUGCACGAGUGUAACUCUCCGUACAUUGUGGGUUUCUAUGGAGCGUUCUACAGCGAUGGGGAGAUCAGCAUCUGCAUGGAGCAUAUGGACGGAGGCUCUCUGGAUCAAGUGUUGAAAGAAGCCAAAAGAAUUCCUGAGGAGAUCUUGGGGAAAGUCAGCAUAGCGGUUCUGCGAGGUUUGGCCUAUCUAAGAGAGAAGCAUCAGAUCAUGCACAGAGAUGUGAAACCUUCUAAUAUCCUGGUCAAUUCCCGGGGAGAGAUAAAGCUAUGUGACUUUGGGGUUAGCGGUCAGCUCAUUGACUCCAUGGCAAACUCCUUUGUGGGGACUCGAUCCUACAUGUCUCCUGAGCGGUUGCAGGGCACUCAUUACUCAGUUCAAUCCGACAUCUGGAGCAUGGGUCUCUCCCUGGUGGAGCUGUCUAUCGGAAGGUACCCAAUCCCCCCACCAGACUCCAAGGAACUGGAAGCGAUAUUUGGCCGUCCCAUGGUCGAUGGGGCAGAGGGAGAACCUCACAGCAUCUCACCGCGGCCCAGACCCCCAGGGCGCCCUGUCAGUGGCCAUGGAAUGGACAGUCGGCCUGCGAUGGCCAUCUUCGAACUGCUGGACUAUAUUGUUAAUGAGCCUCCUCCUAAGCUGCCGAAUGGAGUUUUCACACAAGACUUCCAGGAGUUUGUAAAUAAAUGCUUAAUUAAAAAUCCAGCAGAACGGGCAGAUCUGAAGAUGCUGAUGAAUCACGCCUUUAUCAAGCGCUCUGAAGUGGAAGAGGUGGAUUUUGCAGGCUGGCUAUGUAAAACGCUGCGGUUAAACCAGCCCAGCACCCCCACCCGCACCGCCAUGUGACGGCAAAGCAAACUGCCUUGUGUCCACACAUCUGCCUGUCUGCCACCGUUUCCUGCCCUUCAGUAGAAGACAGAACCGCCCUCCUUCCCCCCCUAUCCUCUUCCCAAAACGGCGAAGCACCAUCAUUUUGGGAAAUACCCAUCAUCCAACAAACUAGCAGAAACGGGCUUGCUUUCUUUGUUUUGUUUUUUCAUGCCUGCGUUCAAGCGCGGCUCAGUCUUUGAAGUUUCUGACAUUUGGGAAAUGUGCUGCUGCUUAUAUUGUCUCUUUUGAAACCUGUUCCCUUGGGUUAAAAAAAAGAUGGUGUGUGCGCGGGGGGGCGGGGAAGAUCAUGUGCUUUGUACACUUCCUUUUGGUGUGGGCUUGAAAAUGGCUAGUGUCGAAAGUUGUAGCACUGGACACCGAGAAACCUAUCGUUGCGGAAUGGCGGGGGUGAGGGCAGGGACAGUUGCCAGAUGGUACAGCUCUUGCAUAUGUGUUGGCAGAGAGCAAGAAGGGGAAGUGAAGGUGUUGAGACUAGUAGCUUCCUCGAGCUUGCUUGGGGAAAUUAGCAGGGGUACUGCAAGAACAAAGGGAUGGUUCUUGGGUAAUAUUUUUAGCCUCGUUGGGGAAAGAGGAGUGGCACUAAAUUCUCUCCCACGUUUCCUUAACAGGGAAGCCUUUCUUAGCUUCCCUUGUCCUGUUCCUCUUUGUGUCCUGCCAGGGCUCUGUCCUAACCCAGAAGAUGGAGAAAGGACUGACUAGGGAAUCCUGUUUUUCUUCAUGUAGCUUUGAGGUCCUUUUGCAUUACUGUGUGUUGGAAAGUUGAUUUCUAGUAGCCCAACUUUCUUCCCUGCUGAUCUUCUUCCAGAUGUAGCGAGGAAAAGUUUCUGCUUUUAAAACGUGGGGUUUUCGAGUAUAUUUCAGGCACGCGCUGCGUGUUCGGUGAUCGUCUUGGGCUACUAAAUUGCCACUUUGGGCGAUUAGCCUGCUAAGAAAGGGAAAGGAACCUGAGCCAAUUAAUAACAGACUGCAGGGCAAUAC